CAGAGGUUGGGAUGAAGAUGCUGCCAGGAGUGGGAGUGUUUGGGACUGGCAGCUCAGCCCGGGUCCUGGUCCCACUGCUGAGGGCAGAAGGGUUCACAGUGGAGGCCCUGUGGGGGAAGACCGAGGAAGAGGCAAAGCAGCUUGCUGAGGAGAUGAACAUCACCUUCUACACCAGCCGGACUGAUGAUGUUUUGCUGCAUCAAGACGUGGACCUGGUGUGCAUCAAUAUCCCCCCUCCACUCACCCGACAGAUAUCUGUGAAGGCUCUAGGCAUUGGGAAGAAUGUGGUUUGUGAAAAGGCAGCAACAUCGAUAGAUGCCUUCCGGAUGGUGACAGCUUCACGCUACUACCCACAGCUGAUGAGCCUGGUGGGGAAUGUGCUGCGGUUCCUGCCUGCUUUUGUGCGCAUGAAACAACUGAUUGCAGAGCACUAUGUAGGUGCGGUGAUGAUCUGCGAUGCCCGCGUAUACUCAGGCAGCCUGCUCAGCCCCAGCUACGGCUGGAUCUGUGAUGAGCUUAUGGGUGGAGGGGGCCUGCACACCAUGGGCACCUACAUUGUGGACCUGCUGACCCACCUGACUGGCCGGAAAGCCGAGAAGGUGCAUGGGCUGCUCAAGACCUUUGUGAGACAGAAUGCUGCCAUCCGUGGCAUCCGGCAUGUAACAAGCGAUGACUUCUGUUUCUUCCAGAUGCUUAUGGGUGGUGGGGUGUGCAGCACAGUGACACUCAACUUCAACAUGCCAGGUGCCUUUGUGCAUGAAGUCAUGGUGGUCGGCUCCGCAGGACGUCUUGUUGCCCGGGGAGCUGACCUCUAUGGGCAGAAGAACACUGCCAUGCAAGAGGAGCUGCUUGUGAGGGACUCCCUGUCUAUGGGUGCAGGACUGCCAGAUCAGGGGCCCCAGGACGUACCACUACUCUACUUGAAAGGCAUGGUCUACAUGGUACAGGCCUUGCGCCAGUCCUUCCAGGGACAGGGCGACCGCCGUACCUGGGAUCGUGCUCCAGUUUCCAUGGCUGCCUCAUUUGAGGAUGGGCUAUAUAUGCAGAGUGUGGUAGAUGCCAUCAAAAGGUCAAGUCGAUCGGGGGAGUGGGAGACUGUGGAGGUGCUGACAGAGGAACCUGAUGCCAACCAGAACCUAUGUGAGGCACUUCAGCGGAACAAUCUAUGACCUCUACAUGGGCUCCCUGCCACAGAGCAGAGGGGCCAGGGGUGAAACCAGAACUGUGAUGGGGACUUGGCCAUAGCAAAGACAGUAUCAUAAUCAGCUCGGGCUAAAACUGGGAGACAAUUGAAGGGGCCCAAGGAAGAUGACUUGUCCAUCUGCUCAUUUACUUCUCAAGACUUGAAGAGUACCAUGUGCCCCUACUGCCAUGGCCUAGGCUUGCACAGUGUCAGGGCAGAAUUGCUACCAGGCCUCUUCAUGGUUCUGCUAGUGAGCAGGGCCAGCAAAAGCCUGACUUGUGGGCCUGAUCUCUGAUCUGACAGGAUAAGAAAGCCCAAGAAACCAGCUUGGCUAAUGCCAGAGGAUAAAUGACAAGGAACUUUGUUUCCAUGCCCUUCUGGGCCAGGACAUCUCAGGAACAGUAAGGGCAGUAAGUCGUCCUUCAGGGAUCCUCACCUGCCCUUCCAUGCAGCCAGACCCUUCUGGCCUCCAGGCUGACCCUUCCUGCAUGGAAGAGGGGUUGCUAUAUUAUAUGAGCUCUGGGGCUGUUGACCUAAGGAAAAGGGCCCAUGAUUUGGCAGAGAGAAGACAAGGGGGAGCUGUAGAACAUCUGAUAAAUAUCAAUAAAUAAAUCGGAAAAAUGUGA